GUGUCGACUUCCGGGAAUCGUUGAUGGCGGCGGGGCCCGCAUUGUGCUGUUCCUGUCCUUGAGCCCAGGCCCUGAGGUGAGGCUGAGAAGUGGCGCGGAGGUGAGCCCAGAGCUGUCCCUGAGGUGAGGCUGAGAAUAAGUGCAAGGCAGAGGUGCUGCUGAGGAAGGAGAGCCCUGUGGUGGGGAAGGCACAAAGCUGUGUGUGCCCAUCCCCGAGCAGGUGCUGUGUCCAUCCCCUGUGUGCCAGGAUUUCUCCUUCCCAAAGCUUGGCCAGAUGAAGGAGGCUGCGAGGAAGAGGAAGAUGCCUUGGGCCCCCCAGGCAGGCCCCGAGCUGAGGACGGAGAGCCCGGAGGACAGAUCCCCCCGUGAGAGCCUGGUGGGAGAGGCCGUUUUGAAGGGCUCCCCGGCGCAGGAAGGCAGCGGGGAGGAAAAGGGCCGGAGAUCCCCCCGCAGGAGGGGCUCCAAAGCCAUCCCAGGGUGCUCUGAGGAGGAAAGAGCCAGCCUGUGCCGGGAAGGCAGCCGGAGCUUGAGGGGGAGCUCUGAGCUGGUGGUCCUUGAGCAGCCUCCCAGCAGGGAGAAGCCCUUCAGGUGCUUGGAGUGUGGGAAGAGCUUCAGCCUGAGCUCCAGCCUCUUCACUCACCAGCACAUCCACACUGGUGUAGGGCCCUACACAUGUGGGGAAUGUGGGAAGAGCUUCAACUGCAACUCCAUCCUGAUCCAACAUCAGCGCAUCCACACUGGGGAACGGCCCUACACGUGUGGGGAAUGUGGGAAGAGAUUCAGGCACAGCUCACAUCUCCUCAGGCAUGAGCAGACACAGCACUCACCUUUCGUCAGCAGAAAUGGCUCUAGGUUCUCAUUCAGGCUCUCCUCAUUAUCCAGCACAAAUUUGAGGAUUGAUGCCAGCUCAACCUGUGUCAGAGGAGCCAUGGGGUCAGCAGCUCUGCUGCAGCUCACAGGAAGCAACCACAGCAGACUUGGGGCAGCAGGCAGCUCCCUUGCCUACCCAUGCUGGUGCCCACACUUGCUGCCACAAGCCUUUGAAAGACCAAAAACACCGGUGAGCACUGCAGUACCCACUCCACACUGUCUUUUAAGGGGACCCAGAAUAGGAGGGCAGGUCUCAGAGCACCCCCUGAAAGCCACCGCUGCUCCUGCUGCACCCCAAGGGAGGGAACCCCAGAGGGAUUACCUGGGUCUUGUAGUCAAACUCAUUCCAGUCACCAGGGCUCUUGCAGCUCACAGAGGUGUGAUACAGGAGCAGCACAGCCACCUGAGCAAGGCAGGGAAAGUGUCACUGACCCCACGCCAGUCAUCAGCACCUUGGUGCCAGCCAGGACUAAAGCAUGGCACACAGUAACCUUGGCCAGAGCCAAAUCCUCUCCAUCCACCAGCUUCUGUGCAGAGACCAGGUUCUCUGCAGCCAAUUUGUGCCUGCAGUGCUCUGCAACAAGAAGCAGGA